AUGAAGUUGGAGAGGAUAUUAGGUGAUUCUCCUAGGCUGGCAAUCAUAUCUGACCGUGCAGCAUGCAUUGCAUCAGCUGUGAAACGUGUGUACCCUUCUGCUAAUCACGGUUACUGCAUUGUUCAUUUGGCUAGAAACGUCAACUCUCGUUACUCAAGCAAAAACUUGGCUAAAAUGGUAACAUCAACUGCAAUGGCUUACCGUAUCGGAGAUUAUAGGGAUCUGUUAAGCAAAGUAAGGGCUAACUUCCCGGGAGACCGCUAUAACAUCAUGACUAGUAACAUAGCGGAGCAGCUGAACCAUGCACUCGUGGAAGGGAGGACUUCACCUAUUAUGGAGUUGGUUAUUUUCAUUCAAAGGAUGAUGACAAGGUGGUUCAGUGCAAGGAGAAAGAAGGCGGAAAACCACAGGGGUACAGUUAGUGUGGAGGUGGACAAGGUGAUGACAAACAAUAUGGCAACAAUGAAGGGGAGCAAAGUGAAUUCUUCUACUGAAUGGAGUUGUGAAAUUAUAGGGAAGUAUGGUAGGAAAGAACGUGUGCAUCUUGCCACUAAGCAGUGUAGUUGCAAGUAUUUUGAUAAAAUCAAAAUACCAUGUGGCCAUGCUAUGAUUGCUGCUGACAGUUUGGGAGUGCGUUAUGAGACUUUGGUUGAUCAUUACUACAAGACGUCUACAUGGAGGGAGACAUAUGCUGGGGUAAUCAGUCCAGAAGGAGACCCUCGUGAUGUGGAUAUACCUGAAGAUGUGAAGAAGAUGGUGUUGAUGCCCCCUGUCACAAAGAGACAACCUGGUCGCAGAAGGAAGAACAGGAUUCCCUCGAUUGGUGAAUAUUCGGUUACGAAGAAGACGAAGCUGGUUCCAAACAAGUGUGGUAGAUGUCGUAUCGAAGGGCACAACCGUUCCAGCUGCACCAACCCAAUAUAG